GCGAGCAACCACUCCAGUCCUCAAUUCACAUCACACCCCCGCUCCCAAUCCCCUCCCGUCCAGACGAUCGCCAUGGCGUCCUCCGCGGGGAGCCUCGACCACGCAGCCUUCACCUUCACGCCGCCCAACUUCAUCACCUCCUUCACCGAUCUUCUCUCCGGCUCUGGCCCCAGCGACGGGGAGCGGCGCUCGCCGAGGGGGUUCAGCCAGGGGAGCAGGGGCGGGGUGCCCAAGUUCAAGUCCGCGCAGCCCCCCAGCCUGCCCAUCUCGCCGCCGCCGCCCGGCUCGCCCUUCUCCUACUUCUCCAUCCCCGCCGGUCUCAGCCCCGCCGAGCUGCUCGACUCCCCCGUCCUCCUCAACUACUCUAACAUCUUGGCGUCUCCGACCACCGGCGCGAUCCCGGCGCAGAAAUACGACUGGAAAGAUCUCAUCGCCUCCCAGCAAGAGGAGCUCAGCAGAGGAGACAACAGCUUCGCCGACUUCUCCUUCCACGCAGUCAACUCCAACGCCGCCGCCACCUCUCAAACAAACUCUUUCCCGUCCUUCAAGGAACAACAGAAAGUGGUGGAAGUGAGCAAGAGCAUCCCAGCGAGCACCAAGAGCUCCGGCGGCAACACCAACAGCAACAAGCAGCUCGAGGACGGGUACAACUGGAGGAAGUACGGGCAGAAGCAGGUGAAGGGGAGCGAGAACCCCCGGAGCUACUACAAGUGCACCUACGCCAACUGCUCCAUGAAGAAGAAGGUCGAGCGCUCCCUCGCCGACGGCCGCAUCACGCAGAUCGUCUACAAGGGCGCGCACGACCACCCCAAGCCGCUCUCCACGCGCCGCAACUCCUCCUCCUCCUCGGCAUGCGCGGCCGCCGUCGCGCGCGCCGAGGACGGGCCCGAGCACUCCGGCGCCACGCCCGAGCACUCCUCGGUCACCUUCGGCGACGACGACGCCGACAACGGCUCGCAGCGCAGCGACGGCGCCGAGCCCGAAGCCAAGCGCUGGAAGGAGGACGCGGACAACGAAGGCAGCUCCGGCGGCGCGGGGGGCGCCGGCGGCAAGCCCGUGCGCGAGCCCAGGCUCGUCGUGCAGACGCUCAGCGACAUCGACAUACUCGACGACGGCUUCAGGUGGAGGAAGUACGGCCAGAAGGUCGUCAAGGGGAACCCCAACCCGAGGAGCUACUACAAGUGCACCACCGUGGGCUGCCCGGUGCGGAAGCACGUCGAGCGGGCGUCGCACGACAACCGCGCGGUCAUCACCACCUACGAGGGCAAGCACAACCACGACGUGCCGGUCGGCCGCGGCGCCGGCGCCAGCCGCGCGCUGCCGAUCGCGUCGUCGUCCGAGAUCAGCUCGGGGCCCAUCCGGCCGGCGGCUACCGGGCAGGGACCCUACACCCUGGAGAUGCUCACAAACCCCGCGGCCGGGUACGGCGGCGCGUUCCAGCGCACCAAGGACGAGCCCCGGGACGACCUGUUCGUCAAGUCGCUCCUCUGCUAAGCUAAGCUUUAGCUCAAGCUCUUCGUUCCACCAUGCCGGAUACGUGUACGUGCACGGCCGUAGCGUAUACGUGUACGCUUGCCUUGUAGUGUACGUACAGGUGUUUUGUUGCAUAUACACACGCACAUACGUGGUAUAUUAGUACAGUAUUAGCUAGGAAGAGAGAUCGAUUGGUUUAUUUAUUUGUUGAA